GAUGGAUUCGUAAAUUACCGAAGACGAAAAUAUCGCUAGUACGCCUUUACGAUCGUACCCAAUGUAUUUGUCAGUCUGUGUGUUAUGCUCAACUACGUAGAUACAAUGGCGCUACUGGAGUAGAUUUAUCAACAGGAUCACCAAGUUGUCUGGAAAUCAUACUGACGAGGGAAUUAAUUGUCUAGGGUGUCAAACAACAAUAUAUAUCUUGGGACAUCGAGUAGACAUUGACCCAGGAUUCAAAGGUCGUGAGACGAAGUUCGCCUGCAUGUAUGUUACUAGCGAAAACACGUCAUGAACAUGGAUCUGUUGAUUAAAGUUAAUAGCCAGACUGCUGGCAGGGAUAAAAUUGCCAGGUUUUUCCAGUAUGGGAGUCGGGCUGGAUGGUAUCUCCUGCAGAAUGGAGAAACUACCAGACACUCGGUGGAUGUGUUGAAGAGUCUUGAGUACACAUUCAGUUCGUUCAGAAAAUUGUUACGGUUUGGAAGAAGUCUUGACAGUCUCUAUUCGGCACUUUCAACAAUUAAAGAUCCAGAUAUAGUGAUAAGGUUCACAGUAACUUUUUCAAAAAUAGCUAAUGGAUUGUUUCUGUUGGCUGAUCACCUGAUAUGGAUCGGUCGAGCUGGAUUAUUUCGGAUUAACUUAGAGAAAUGGACAAAAGUGGCCAACAAAUAUUGGUUGUUUACUAUCGUAAUGAAUUUAGUCAGGGAUCUGUAUGAAAUUAUUCAAAUUAUUGAACAGACCAGUCUCGGUCGAAACUCCAAAAUCAAUUUAUCCACUGAAAAUUUAAUGUGUAAAACUUCGACUUAUUUCAAGUGUCAUAAAGGGAUCAUUUUGGAUAGUAUUAAAAAUGGGUGUGAUUUCUUCAUUCCUAUGACAGCAUUGGGGUACACAAAGCUCAGCCCAGGCACUAUUGGUUUAUUAGGAUUGAUUUCUUCGGCUGUUGGCCUGUACUGUUUAACUGACCCACUAACUAAGCUAACCCAUGCAUAAUUGACCGAUCAUCAGGAUAGUUGAGAUAUAAAAUGUUGAAUCAUAAAUUUGAUACUAUUCAUUCCAUUAUUUAUAUAAAAAUAAAUAAAAAACUUUUACAAUUGAA